AUGCUGCAGCAAAUUUUGCGUGAUAUGUACAUUGACCCAGAGCUCCUGGCGGAACUGAAUGAAGAGCAAAAGCAGAUCUUGUUUUACAAAAUGAGAGAAGAGCAGCUGAGGCGCUGGAAGGAGAGGGAAGAGAAAGCACGAAUGGAAGAGACCAUGGUGCGAAAGACAGCGAGGUGCAAACAAAGUAAUGGCAAACAUGUGCAGUGGCUACAUGGGAAGGAUGGUGAGGUCUGGGUGUGGGUUAUGGGAGAAGCCCCAGGUGACAAGCCCUAUGAGCAGAUAUCUGAGGAGCUAAUAGCAGAGCGAGCCAGGCAACAAGCACAGAAGGAGGCAGAAGAACUAUGGAGGCAAAAGGAGGCAGAAAUUACAAAAAAAUUCCGAGAUGCUAUGGCUCAAGAAAAAGCCAGAAUAGUGGCAGAAAAAUGGAAAGUAGAAAUAGAAGAUCGGAAGGCAGCCAAAUUGGUGGAGGAAAAAAUUCAGGAGGAACUGAAGAAAAGAGAGGAAGAGGAAAGACAAAAAGGCGAAGAACAAAUACGGCAGCAGGAGGAAAUACGAGCAAGAGAACUGUAUUUGAGCCUCAAGCAAGCUCAGCAGCACGGGCAACACAAUGAUGAUGACCAAGAGUGGGAAGAACAGUUGCGUCGCUCCAAGGCCGCGGAUGAGGAAAGGCGGCACCAAGCGCGCCGAGCGCGGGACGAGUACCGGCGGCAAUCCUUGCGAGCCAUCCAGAAGGGACGAGUGGCUGGUCUGAGCAAUCUGUUCAAGGGGACGAGCCUGAAUAACGAUCAGGAGGCAAAACUGAGCGACAGUCCAAGCCCUUUGCUGUCUCUUUCUGCUCCAUCCAGUAAAAUUUGGGAGCGUCCUUCUAGGCCCUUUUCCCGAGAGGUCAUUAUUCACUGGUUCAAAGAAGAGCAGCUUCCUCGACGUGCUGGCUUUGAGAGGAACUCCAAUAGGGUUGCUACGUGGUUUCACGGUAUUAUCAGCCGCCAGGAGGCAGAAGAGCUGUUAAUGAAUAAGUCAGAGGGAUCGUUCCUGGUGCGAGUCAGUGAGAAGAUCUGGGGCUACGCGUUGUCUUACCGCCAACAAAGUGGGUUCAAACACUUUCUGGUUGACGCCUCGGGGGAUUUCUACAGCUUCUUGGGGGUAGAUCCAAACCGACACGCAACCCUCACAGAUCUUAUUGAUUUUCACAAGGAGGAAAUCAUCACAUCUUCAGGUGGGGAGUUACUGUUGGAGCCAUGUGGGCAGCAGAAGAGCCCACCAGACUACAGCCCUUUAUUUGAAUAA